AUGGGUUGGAUUGGAGAAACAGUAGAUUCUAUCAAAUCAAUUAAGAUCCGUCAGCUUCUCACUCAGGCCGUCACGCUCGGUAUGAUCGUAACGUCUGCGUUGAUAAUAUGGAAGGCGUUGAUGUGUGUGACUGGCACUGAAUCCCCAGUGGUGGUUGUUCUCUCAGGAAGCAUGGAACCUGGCUUUCAGAGAGGGGAUAUAUUGUUCUUGACCAUGACCAAGGAGCCCAUUCGAACAGGCGAGAUUGUUGUUUUCAGUGUUAAUGGUCGUGAUAUUCCCAUCGUCCAUCGUGCCAUCAAAGUUCAUGAGAGGGGAAAUACUGGAGAAGUUGAUGUUUUGACAAAAGGUGACAACAAUGAAGUGGAUGACAUAGGUCUCUAUGAGGAAGGACAGAUUUGGCUUCAUCGGCAUCAUAUAAUGGGAAGAGCUGUUGGGUUCUUGCCUUAUGUUGGAUGGGUGACUAUUAUCAUGACAGAAAAGCCUAUCAUCAAGUAUAUACUCAUUGGUGUACUGGGUUUGCUCGUUAUAACAUCCAAAGACUGA